UCUUUCCGCCAGCCCAUCUUAUCCUUUGAGAGGCGGGGGUUUAAAUAGCAACAUGCAACAUUAUCUUCACUCUCUGACAGAGAACGGGGCGCUAAAAAACUUUUCAGAAAGCACUGCUUAUCCCAGUGUUGCAUCUAAAAUGGUAUCGAUUAAACGGUUGAUGUCUCUGAUCUCUAUGUCUUGGGAGCAAACGCUCAUAUGUUUGGGCAGUCUGGUCAUUACACUCUUCACUUUGCUGGUAAUUCGCCAGCUCGUAAAACAGCGGAGACCCCGAGGGUUUCCCCCAGGACCGACACCUUUACCCAUGCUAGGGAAUAUUCUGUCCCUGGCCACAGAGCCUCACGUCUACAUGAAGAGGCAGAGUGAAAUCCACGGACAGAUUUUCAGUCUAGACUUGGGAGGAAUCUCAACUGUUAUACUAAAUGGUUAUGAUGCCAUUAAAGAGUGCCUGUAUCACCAAAGUGAGGUUUUCGCAGACCGUCCAUCCCUCCCUUUAUUUCAGAAGAUGACAAAAAUGGGAGGCCUUCUGAACUGCAAAUACGGUCAAAGCUGGAUUGAACACCACAAACUGGCUGUGAACUGCUUCCGCUACUUUGGCAGUGGUCAGCAGAUGUUUGAGAAGAUUUCUGAGGAGUGCCUGUUUUUCCUUGAUGCUAUUGACCAGCAUCAGGGGAAGCCCUUUAACCCUAAACAUCUUGUGACCAAUGCUGUCUCCAACAUCACCAACCUCAUUAUCUUCGGACAACGUUUCACCUACGAUGACAGCGAUUUUCAGCACAUGAUUGAGCUCUUCAGUGAGAAUGUGGAGCUGGCAGCCAGCGGCUGGGCUUUCCUAUACAAUGCCUUCCCCUGGAUGGAGCACGUACCCUUUGGGAAGCACCAAAAGCUCUUCCGCAAUGCCACCGAGGUCUAUGACUUACUUCUGCAAAUCAUCAAGCGCUUCUCACAGGAUAGGGUACCCCAGUCGCCUCAAAAUUACAUUGAUGCCUACUUGGACGAAAUCGAGCAGAGCGCCACUGAUAAACCUACAUCUUUCUCUCAAGAUAAUCUCAUUUUCUCAGUUGGAGAACUCAUCAUUGCGGGCACAGAGACUACCACAAAUUGUCUGCGCUGGGCUAUGCUCUACAUGGCUCUGUAUCCCAGGAUACAAGAAAAGGUCCAAAUGGAGAUCGAUUGCAUCCUGAAUGGCAGACCGCCUGCUCUUGAAGACAAGCAGAGGAUGCCGUAUGUGGAGGCAGUGCUGCAUGAAGUGCUGCGCCUUUGCAAUGUCGUCCCACUGGGCAUCUUCCGCGCUACGUCUCAAGAUGCAAUGGUGCGUGGCUACACUAUCCCCAAGGGCACCAUGGUCAUCACUAAUUUGUACUCAGUGCACUUUGAUGAGAAGUACUGGAGCAACCCAUCCAUCUUCUGCCCAGAGCGGUUCCUUGGCCGUAAUGGCAAAUUUGUCCGGCACAAAGCGUUUCUUCCUUUCUCAAUAGGUAAGCGCCACUGUCUGGGAGAGCAGUUGGCAAGGCUGGAGAUGUUCUUGUUCUUCACCACAUUGCUCCAGAGGUUCCAUCUUCAGUUCCCCGAAGGCUUGAUUCCAAGUCUUUCUCCGAAACUAGGCAUGACCCUUCAGCCUCAGCCAUACUCCAUAUGCGCAAUCAGGAGACAGCAGUGAAAAUUGCCCCUUGAGCUCUGGAUCACGUGCACUCACCUCAGGGGAUCCUGCUAAGAAACGCAAAGCAGAGCAGUUCCCACUCUUAAAUUCCAUCAGGUUUUCAGCGGAGAUUACUGACCUCUGAUAUUGACUUGUUCAAUUCUCAGAACGUGUCCUCCAUAGUUUCACAGAAACCAGCCUGAGAGUGAUAAGAGUACUGUUACAGAACACAUGUUCUGGAGAGCAAUGAGCAUGCGUUACCGAACGGACAUGAGAGUAUCAAGAUAAAUGCACUGUAGCAAGUAUCUUUCAUAACUUGAACAAAAAAGUGUACUGUGUAGCAAACCUGAACAUUGUGCUCGUCAAUAUGAGAAGAGCUAUUAUGUCAAUGAUUGACAGGGUUUACCUCUAUAACGGUUUGGAGGUCUGUCUUUUCCAGCAUUCCUUGUAUUCCCCCAUAUCUGAAGUUGGGCAAGUGAGAGGCAAAAAGCUGCCUUUCCUAGAAAGCUUUGGAAAUGCUUCAUGAUUCUCGUUGGUUUAAUGCCAUGUAUCAGUUCUGCAGUAAUAAUGGCCUGUGCCUACUUUAUCUCAGUGGAAAGACAUUAUCAAGAAACUUAAGCUGCAAUAUUUUGUGAAAAGCUGGAUUCCAAUAUACAUUUUAUAGCACAAUAUUAUUUUUACUUUUUUAUUUUUUUGGGGAUUUUAUAACAAAAUAUGACCUGACAAGAAUUGUAUGAAUAAAGACAAAAUAAGCCUUUUUUAA